UCUCACCCAGGAUCAGUGUAUCCAGCCGCAAACCCAGUUUCGGCGCGUCUCCCUGGAGCUCACUGUUGCUUUAAGCAGUGCGUCCUGCCGUCCAACAGGAGGCGUGUCUCCCCUACGGCCGGAGCUCAACGUUACCAGCUGCAAGUGCGAUCCAGCUCCUCCGUAGAAACAAAUCAACUUCUUCGUGCUGCUUUGGUGAGUUCCAUGCGCCAGCUGUAUCCAAGUAAAUGGAUCUGUUGAAGCCCUGCCCUGCCUGACAUGGAUGCCCCGCCACCACCCCCACCAUCAUCUUCCUCAGCUGAGUCCGACGGCUGUUUCUUCUUGGCGCAGUGAGCCGGACACGCACUGAUCCUGUUUUCCUUUUUCCGCCAAAUGGAUGUGAGAAAGCCGUUGUUAAGCCAGGCGAAGAUCAUGCCGUGAUCUAGCUUCAGUCCGAAUAAAUGUUAAAGGCGUGACAGAGAUAAAGUCUGGGGAAUUUACCGAUUUGGGGAUUAAAUAUCCUGUGCAGCACACAAGCACCAUGAAGAUCACCUCCUUCCUGAUAUUUAAAGCAAGAUUCAGGCGCAUCAUGAGGUUGCUGCUGCUGCUGAUACUCUGUGUGUGCUGCGCUCAUGGGAUGCCACACGUCCUGAGAUUUGGAGGGAUAUUUGAGUCCAUUGAAAGUGGUCCUUCUGGUGCUGAGGAACUAGCCUUCAAAUUUGCUUUAAACACAAUCAACAGGAACAGAACCUUACUGCCAAACACUACUCUCACCUAUGACAUCCAAAGGAUAAACAUAUUUGACAGCUUUGAAGCCUCCAGGAAAGCUUGUGACCAGCUUUCCCUCGGUGUGGCAGCCAUCUUUGGUCCCUCUCAUAGUUCCUCUGCCAAUGCAGUCCAGUCCAUUUGCAAUGCUCUGGGUGUCCCGCACAUUCAGACCAAGUGGAAGCACCAAGUAUCAGACAACCGAGAUGUCUUCUAUGUGAGCCUGUAUCCGGACUUCUCCUCCCUCAGUCGGGCCAUUCUGGAUCUAGUCCACUUCUUCAAAUGGAAAACAGUCACUGUGGUUUAUGAUGAUAGCACUGGCCUUAUUCGGUUGCAAGAGCUAAUAAAAGCACCAUCCCGGUACAACAUCCGCCUAAAGAUCCGGCAGCUGCCUGCAGAGACCAAGGAUUCCAAGCCUCUUUUAAAGGAGAUGAAAAGGGGAAAGGAGUUUCAUAUCAUCUUUGACUGUGGUCAUGAGAUGGCUGCUGGGAUCCUGAAGCAGGCUCUCGCUAUGGGAAUGAUGACGGAGUAUUAUCACUAUAUCUUCACAACACUGGAUCUGUUUGCACUGGAUGUGGAGCCAUACCGAUACAGUGGUGUGAACAUGACAGGGUUUAGGAUCCUUAACACUGAGAACAGCCAAGUUGCCUCAAUCAUUGAGAAGUGGUCCAUGGAGAGACUGCAGGCUCCACCAAAACCUGACUCUGGUCUACUGGACGGCUUCAUGACUACGGACGCCGCACUGAUGUACGAUGCUGUGCAUGUGGUGGCCGUGGCUGUGCAGCAGUCUCAGCAGAUCACUGUCAGUUCAUUACAGUGCAACCGACACAAGCCAUGGCGCUUUGGGAACCGCUUCAUGGCCCUCAUCAAGGAGGCUCACUGGGAUGGCUUGACUGGAAGAAUCUCUUUCAACAAGACCAAUGGCCUGAGAACAGACUUCGACCUUGAUGUUAUUAGUCUCAAAGAAGAGGGUCUUGAAAAGAUUGGUACCUGGGAUCCAGCAAGCGGCCUAAAUAUAACCGACAACCAGAAGGGAAAAACAACUAAUGUCUCGGAUUCAUUGUCCAACCGUUCACUUAUUGUCUCUACCAUUCUGGAGGAGCCAUAUGUGAUGUUCAAGAAAUCGGACACCCCACUUUAUGGGAAUGACCGAUUUGAAGGAUACUGCAUUGACCUAUUGAGAGAGCUGGCAAUCAUCCUGGGCUUCACAUAUGAGAUUCGGCUGGUGGAAGAUGGAAGAUAUGGUGCACAGGAUGAGAACACGGGCCAGUGGAAUGGCAUGGUUAAAGAGCUGAUGGACCAUAAAACAAAGAUUUCCACAUAUGAUAAGAUGUGGGAGUUUAUGAGCAGUCGGAGGCACUCAGUGAUGGUGAAGAAUAUUGAGGAAGGCAUUCACCGUGUGCUCACCUCUGACUACGCGUUCCUCAUGGAGUCUACAACCAUCGAGUUUGUAACACAGCGCAACUGCAACCUUACACAAAUUGGAGGCCUUAUUGACUCCAAAGCCUAUGGGGUUGGAACACCAAUGGGCUCUCCGUACAGAGAUAAGAUCACUAUUGCCAUUCUGCAGCUUCAGGAGGAAGGCAAGCUUCACAUGAUGAAAGAAAAAUGGUGGAGAGGAAACGGCUGUCCUGAGGAGGAGAGUAAGGAGGCCAACGCCCUUGGUGUGCAGAACAUCGGAGGGAUCUUCAUUGUCCUGGCUGCUGGACUUGUUCUCUCCGUGUUUGUGGCUGUAGGAGAAUUCCUGUACAAGUCCAAACAGAAUGCACAGCUGGAAAAGGCCCAAUGGCGACAACGAGAUAAGAAACAGGUCAUUCUGCAGCGCCAUGGUGAACGAACUGCGGGUAUCCCUCAAGUGCCAGCGGCGGCUCAAACACAAGCCCCAGCCACCUGUCAUGGUGAAAACAGAGGAGGUCAUCAACAUGCACACCUUCAACGACCGAAGACUGCCAGGGAAAGAGACUAUGGCCUAAAGCAGGAAUCUCCGUCUUUUUCUCACCCACUUUCAUGUACUGAGUUGGUGUAUGAGGACACUUGGGAAAAGGGUAUGGGUAAAUGGUAGGAGGGGAACAAUAAGUUACCAUGGCUGAAAGUUGGUUAAUAGAGCAGGACUGCUUUGCAGUAUGUUGUUAAAAUGUCAUUCUUCUGUCUUUCUGAUUAGCUACACAUAAGAGAUUCAACAAUAUUUCCUGUGGAAAUAAUUUCAACCCGGGUGAAAUUUCAGCAAGUUACCUCAUAACUCUUACAACACUGGCAACCAACUACAGGUGCAAAGAUUUUUAAAGCGCUUUAGUUGAAAAAUAAAGGUCUUAGAAUCAAUUUAAAGUGGAGAGGAGGUGGAAUCACGCUUUUGAUUUUGCUUCUCAGUCACUACAGAGGCAGAAGGUGUGCCUCAGAUUUGGUGAUUGAACAUGAGGAAGAAAAUCCUAUAAGAAGUUUUCAGUAUGGCGAAAUUAGAUCUAACCCUGAUUGUAAUGAUGAGCAGUGCUUUCAAAAUAUACAAAGAUGCACUGCUUAGUCACAUGAUAUUGACUGACAUAAAAAAUUUACAUAUUGCAAAACAUCAUCAGGCAAUAAUUGAAUCUAUGUGUUUUUUUUCAAAGUACUAACACUUUUAGACUUUAAUAGGAAUUAGGGGAAUUUUUUUAAAACUAUAUGAUUAAUUAAAAGCAGAAAAUACAAACCUAGUGGCAAUAUGUAGUGAAUUGUUGAUGUACACGUAUCAGCCAGUAAUCACAGGUAUGGAGAUUUUUCAGAUGUUCACACACCUUUAAAACUUUCAGACAUUGAAUGGUUGGCAUCAAGGUUGGCUGUAAUAGUGUAAAUUUUGGAUCCUGUAUCGAUCACCAAAUGGCUCUGAUUCUACUAGCUUGUACAUCACAUGCUGCUGCUCACUACUGUCUGCACAGUACAGUCUAAUUACACUUCCAAACAUUAUGAAAAGGUACAUUAUGGUGAUAAUGUCAUUUUCUUUCUAAGUAAAACAAUUAGUACUAGGAAUUACUGCUGUAUAAUCAGAGGUUGGUGAUGCUGAAUAAGUGUCAU